CCCCCCUCCUUUCCCUCCUGUAACCACCAGACACAUCCAGCAGCCAUCUGACUGAAAAGACCCUCUUCCUGAGCCUGACACUCGCCACCAGCAAACAUUAUCCCAUGGAAACACAGAUGACUAGGAGGCAAGUGGUUUAUUCAUAUUGGGAGUCUUUUUGAUGCAGCUUAUACGACCCUCUCCAGUAAUUCCCUGCCCUCCGAUCACACUGUGGACUCCCUCUUGCAGCCCAGACACAGGAGCGACACAGCAAGUUGGCCAGAGCCUCGCUUUCUCUAGCAUCCUCUGCCUCUGUGGGUGCCACUUCAUUUGUUCCCUGCUACCUGUACCUAAUUAAGGAUCUGCAGAGACUAGGAGAGGAUAGAUUCCUUAUUGCUGGCUUGUGUUACACUGACAGAGAAAGAAGCUCUAGCAUGAAUGAUCUGUGCCAGGGGAUCCCUAUUUUAUAGCCCUGGUUCAUCUUCUGGAGGAGAUAUCUGAUUGAGGACAAGAGCACCCAGCAGAAGCAGAGACCAUGCUGCGGCAAAGCAUUGCAGUACUAAUCAGUACUAUCACAAACCUCAGGCAUUUGCCACUGAUAUUAUAGAUGAUGUACACCAGCAGACUGAGAUAUUUUUGCCACUGCUUGAAGAUGUUUGUGUGGCUUUUCCUGUUCCUUUCCACCCCAAUAUCCUCCACCAACCCGGACUCAGAACUCACCCUGGAGAUCUGCAGUGUCUGCUCGUGCCUGUCAGUAGAAAAUGUGCUGUAUGUCAACUGUGAAAAGGUGUCAGUGUACCGACCAAACCAGCUGAAGCCCCCUCAGUCCAAUUUCUACCACCUGAACUUUCAAAACAAUCUUUUGAUCAUUUUGUAUCCUAACACGUUCCUUAAUUUCACCCAUGCUGUGUCCCUGCAGCUGGGCAACAACAAGCUGCAGAAUAUAGAGGGAGGAGCUUUCCAGGGGCUUAGUGCAUUAAAACAGUUGCAUUUGAACAACAAUGAAUUAAAAGUCCUGAGGGCUGACACUUUCCUGGGCAUAGAGAACUUGGAGUAUCUCCAGGCUGACUACAAUUUAAUCAAGUAUAUUGAGCGGGGAGCCUUCAAUAAACUACACAAGUUGAAAGUUCUUAUUCUAAAUGACAAUUUGGUCUCUGCUCUACCUGACAAUAUAUUUAGGUUUGCUUCAUUGACUCAUUUGGACAUUAGAGGAAACAGAAUACAGAAGAUACCCUAUAUAGGUGUUUUGGAGCAUAUUGGGAGGGUGGUGGAGCUGCAGUUGGAAGAUAACCCUUGGAAUUGUACAUGUGAUUUGCUGCCUUUGAAAGCUUGGUUGGAGAACAUGCCAUAUAAUAUCUACAUUGGAGAGGCUAUUUGUGAAACACCAAGUGACUUGUAUGGAAGGUUAUUAAAAGAGACAAAUAAACAAGAACUAUGCUCCAUGGGAAUUGGCAGUGAUUUUGAUGUAAGGAUAUUGCCUCCAUCCAUGGAGACAACAUUCACCACGCCUGGAGGGAACACUGGCCAAACCUCACAGAAUCGAUUGGCCACCAAACCUCCUAAAACUACCAACCCUUCCAAGAAUUCUGGAAUAGUGUCUGGAAAAUCUGUUUCUAAUUACAAUCUCAGCCAGAUAGUGUCAUUUCAAACAAGGGUACCUCCUCUCACUCCUUGCCCAUCACCUUGUGUUUGUAAAACACAUCCUUCUGAUUUAGGAUUGAGUGUUAAUUGUCAGGAAAGAAACUUAGAGUCAAUGGCUGAACUAGUACCUAAGCCUGUAAAUGCCAAGAAACUGCAUGUGAAUGGAAAUUAUAUUAAACAGGUGGAACAGGCAGACUUUGCUGAAUUUGAAGGUUUAGAUCUACUUCAUUUGGGAAGCAAUCAACUAAGUAUGAUUAAAGGAAAUGUAUUUUGCAACCUUACAAACCUAAGGAGGCUUUAUCUCAAUGGGAAUCAAAUUGAGCGUCUGAGCCCUGAAAUAUUUAAUGGUUUGCACAACCUCCAGUACCUUUAUCUGGAAUACAAUGUGAUAAGGGAAAUAUUGGGUGGGACCUUUGAAUCCAUGCCAAAUCUUCAGCUACUCUAUUUGAAUAACAAUUUAUUGAGAAGCUUGCCAGCUUAUAUAUUUUCAGGAGUGCCCCUGGCUAGACUCAAUAUCAGGAAUAACCAUUUCAUGUACCUGCCUGUAAGUGGCGUUCUUGACCAGCUGAAAUCUCUAACACAGAUUGAUCUGGAAGGAAACCCGUGGGACUGCACAUGUGAUUUAGUAGCUCUGAAGCUCUGGCUAGAGAAGCUGAGUGAAGGCAUUGUCAUGAAAGAGGUCAAAUGUGAGACACCUGUGCAGUUUGCAAACAUUGAGCUGCGAUCUCUGAAAAAUGAGGUUUUGUGCCCCAAGCUGAUAAACAAGCCUCCCACACAAUAUACCAGUCCUAUCCCUGCUAUCACGUUCACAACACCCUUGGGUCCUAUAAAAAGUCCACCAGGUGGACCCGUCCCUUUGUCUAUUUUAAUACUUAGUAUUUUAGUAGUGCUCAUAUUAACAGUUUUUGUUGCAUUCUGCCUUCUUGUUUUUGUUCUGAGACGUAAUAAAAAACCUACAGUAAAGCACGAAGGCAUCGGGAAUCAGGAGUGCAGUUCUAUGCAGCUCCAACUAAGGAAGCAUGACCAGAAAGCACUUAAGAUGGAUGGUAUCUCUGCAGAAACCUUUUUUCCACAAACCAUUGAACAAAUGAGUAAGAGUCACAUAUGUGGCAUAAAGGACCAUGAAAUGGGAUUUCCAUUUACUGAUCACCAAGGGCAAAAGGUGGUCCUCAGGAGUUUGACUGACAAAGAUAAGGAUUUAUCACAUGGGGAUUCUAGGAAAAGACUUAGCACAAUUGAUGAACUGGAUGAGUUCUUUCCUGGAAGAGACUCUAAUUUAUUUAUCCAGAAUUUUUUAGAAAGUAGAAAAGAAUAUAAUAGUAUAGGAGUCAGUGGCUUUGAAAUACACUAUCCAGAAAAGCUACAAGAUAAGAAAUGCAAGAAGUCGUUAAUAGGUGGGAACCACAGUAAAAUUGUGGUAGAGCAGAGAAAGAGUGAAUACUUUGAACUUAAAGCCAAACUUCAAGGCACACCUGAUUAUUUACAAGUCCUUGAAGAACAAACAGCACUGGGCAAAAUGUAGGUCAUGCAGAUUAAACCCUAAUAGAGACAGUAAUUCAAUGAUGAAAAGUGCCUUGGUAGACUUUAAACUUCCAAAUAUAAUCUAUAUAGGCAUAGAUGCAGGUGAUUUCAGGAGUGUCCAGUUGAUUAUGAUUGAAGGAAUUUCUUUGUAGGUUCUAAUUUUUCAGAUCAUCUCCUAUCUGGACCUCUAGGAUUGCACCAGACACUAUUGCCAAAGGGAUACUUUAUAUUAUGACAAACAAAAUUAACCUCAACCACAGAGGCAACUACUCUAUAUUUUGUACCCAAAUUGCAAAACUUUUGUCUCCCUGUGAUUGGUUAUUGCAACGAUAAAGAAAAAAAACUGUGACCAGUAAAGUCUAUCUUCAUACUUAACGUCUACUUCCAAAUGGAUAAAGCUGGUGAAAAUGUUUCUGUUAUUGUCUAAACAGUGUUUUAAAAGUAAUCUUAGACAAGUCAAAAGCAUGCAAAGGAACGUCAGUUUCUUUAAAACAGUAUCAUUUCUGUUAACCUUUAACUAGAAAAAAAGAGGAAGAUAACGUUAAAAUGUGCAAGUGCAUAAAUCCAUGCUUUACAAUUCU